UACUACAGCGCCAUGGCCAUGUGUGGUCAACACGGGAAACUAUAACCUUCCGGAAAGAAAAUUUUGUGCUUUCUUCGAGUAGUUCCAGAAUUCCUGCCCAGGCUGCCCAGCGAUGCCUACUCCUCCGAUUGUUUAUCUAAGCCGGACUGAAAAAUUCUCAUCCUGUCACAGACUCCACAGCAGUCAACUGAGUGAUGAGGAGAAUGCCAAAUUAUAUGGAAAAUGCAACAAUUUCCACGGGCAUGGACACAAUUAUACCGUGAAAGUCACCUUGCGAGGUCCCGUGGAUCCUGCCACAGGCAUGGUAAUGAAUAUUGCUGAUCUGAAGACUUGCAUGGACAGAGCAAUCAUGCAGAAGCUUGAUCAUAAGAAUCUCGAUCUUGACCUUGAUGCUUUCAAAGACAUUCCGAGUACAACAGAGAAUGUCGCUUGCUUCAUAUGGAAGAACCUCCUGGCAUGCCUUCCAGUCCCAGAGAUCCUAUAUGAGGUGCAAAUCGACGAGACAGACAAGAAUUCUGUGAUUUAUCGAGGAGAGUGAUACAAAAUAAACUCAAAAUUCCUUGG